CUUGUCCCCCACUUUUCAGCUGGACCGCGUUUACGAGGCACGGGGGCUGGUCUCGUUUUCUUUCCUUUUUUUCCUCUCUUUUCCACUGAGGCUCUCCAUAUUUCUCGUCUCUUCUCGGCUUUGUUCUCUUACUUUUUAGAGCUUUGGGAUCUUACCCCUCCUUGUUUCUUUUCUUUUUCUUUUUUUUCCCCCCCUUCCCUUGCUCUUUUUUUUUUCCCCUUUUCUCUUAGGGUUUCUCACACUAUCGAUUGUUUCCUUGGACCUUGUGUUUGCCAAGUGAUAUUCUACUGCUUCUUACACUACGUCACUUUCUUGUGUCUCCCCUGGAGUCAAAAAUCACCCCGCUUCAUCCCAGCUGUCAUCUUAGUCUGAGAAAGAACAAACACAAUCCCCCCAAAUUGAUUCCACCGAAACGAGAAAAAAGAAAGGAAGAAGAGGGUAACACAAACAAAGCACAAAUACAAUACUUCCCCCAAAAUGCCACGCCACCACAUCGUCCCCUGGACCGAUUCCGAGUCCGACUACUCAGAAUCGGACUAUUCUAUGGAAAACGGCCGCCGACGGACCUCCUUCAGGAGGCGCUCCGUCUCCCGUCAUCGCUACGGCGAUGAUCGUCGCUUUAGCCCCGAUCGCCGCUUCAACCCCGACCGCGCCAGUAACGCCUAUCUCAGCCCCGUCGUGCAAGAUGUGCACAUCCACCGGUCCGCGUCCACGGGCGCCCGGCGACGACGGUCUCGCGAGCGUGCCCCGCAGCCCCCAGCUGUCAUCGUCGACAUCAAGAAUGACUCGAGGAACAAGGGUUCCAACAGAAGUGCCAACAGGGCCCGCAAGGACCAGCACCAGGAGACGUACAUUGACCCCUAUGAGUCGGAGGACGAGACCCUCCUGCGGGCUCAUCGACGGCCUCGGGCCAGCACCGCCAGUUCUCCGCGGGAGGCUUCGCCACGGCAGCAGCGGGAUUAUGAGCUGGUGAUUGAUCAACGGCUGCUGGAGAAGAAUGAUCAUCGACAGGAUCUGGAGCUGUUGAGACAGCAGCAGGAGAUUGAGCGCUUAGAGCGUGAGUUGGCGCGUCAUCGCCUUGAGGCUCGGGAUGUACGAGACUCCCGCGAGGUUCGGAUCAUGAAGGAAGAAGAGGACUUGUACGAAGAGGAGAUCAGCGAGCGACUAAGACGACUUGAGAGGUACGAGAAGAACCAGCGUCUAGAGGAUGAACAGCGGCAAGCGGAGCAUCGUUGGAAGCUGCGUCAAUAUGAGGAAGCCCAGCGCCAUGCUAGGGAGGAAGACGGCGUUAAAUCGAGAUUGCGAGAGGAGAAGCUCAAAGAGCUACGGCACAAGAUUGAGGAGGAGGAGGAGCAGCGAAAAGCGGAACAUCGUUACAAGCUGCGCCAGUUCGAGGAAGCCCAACGCAGGGCCAGGGAGGAUGAAGACGUCAAGUCAAAGCUCCGUGAGGAGAAGCUUAAGGACCUCCAGCGCAGAAUAGACGAGGAAGAGGAGCGUGAGAAGCUCAAAGAGAAAAUGCGCCAGGAGAAGCUCAAAGAACUUCAGCGCAAGAUAGAGGAGGAGGAAGAGCGCGAGCGAAUCAAGAAAGAGAUCCGGGAUGAGGAGGCGAGAGCUCUACUUGCGAAACAGGAAAAGGAUCGUAAAGAAGCUAUGAUGAAAGCAGCAGCCAUCGAAGAAUGGAAGUUAAACGAGGAACGGCGAGCAAAUGCCGAGAGACUGGCGGCGCAGAAACGCGAUGAAGAAUUUAGGAAUCGACUGAGAGUUGAAUUCGGGUAUACGGAAGAAGAAAUUGAGGAGAUAAUCACCAAGAAGAAGAAGGGAGAGAAAGAAAAGAACAAAGGGGAGGACAAGGAGAAGGAGAAGGAGAAGGAAAAGGAGAAAAAGAAGAAGGGAAAGGAAAAGAAGGAGGAGAAAGAGAGUGACAAUGAAGAGGAGAGGGAAGAACAUCGCCGGACGACCUGGAUCAAGGUCCACCGCAAACAUCUCCUACCUGACACCCUGAUGGCCUAUCAAUUGCCCUGGGACUGGGAUGACGUGAGUACUCCGAAAACCUUGACCUUUCCGAGGUAAGCAAUGCUGACUUACCGUCAACAGCGCGAUAGCAACUACAUUAUCAU